AUCUGCAACGCCCGCGCGACCUUUCAGCGAGCCAUGAAUAUGACUUUUCAUAAUUUCGUGCGGAAGACUCGUUUGGCGCAGAGCAUCAUAAACUACUGCGUAAUUGUGUACAUGGAUGCCAUUCUGGUGUACUCGAGUUCCUACGAGGGACACGUGCAGCACAUCGAAUGGGCUUUGCAUGCAUUACGAGAUGCGGGCUUCAAAGUGGCAUUUGAGAAGUGCCAAUUUUUCCUUACCACCAUUUCCUUCCUGGGACACGUGGUAACAAACAAGGGGCUCCAACCGGAGCCGCAUAAGGUGGCAGCUGUCAGAGAUGCGCCGGUGCCUACGACUAUCAUGCAAGUUCGCGCCUUUUUGGUCCUGACCUCGUACUACCGAAGAUUUAUCAAGGGCUUCGCGGCGAUUGCGGGACCCCUCACGAAUCUGCUGCGCAGAGAUCAACCGUUGAUCUGGACGCCGGAGUGUGAUCAAACGUUUUUGAAACUCAAAGCCGCUCUCAUUUCAGCUCCGGUCCUUAUAAGACCGGAUCCCGAAAAACCUUUUGUUCUCAUCACUGACUGGCAGCCAGAGGCAAUUUCGGCGAUCCUUGCCCAAGUGGGACCAAGUGGAUUUGAGAGCGUGGUGGAAUAUGCGUCCAAAUCGGUGUCCGCCUGCAAGCGCAACUACGCCACUCCGACGGGAGAAUGCUACGUGGCUCUCUGGGGAAUCAGUCACAUUCGCGCUUACCUGUACGUGCGAAUGUUCACCUUGGUAACCGAUCAUGAGCCCCUGUUGGCUCUGAAGAAAUCAAAGGAUUACUCUGGCAUGAUCGGGCGAUGGGCAACAAUGCUGCAGAGCAUGGACUUCGACAUUUGUCAUCGGAAGCACGAGAGACACGGGAAUGGGGACGGAUUGACACGACUGCACCAGCCUGAGAAAGUUCCGAAGAGUGAGGAGGUGAUCCCGUGGAACGAACCUGAACAGGAGGUGACGUGGACGCAGACCAGCGAGCAUCCUGCGUGGAUCAAAAAUUUAGAGUUGCUGAUCAUACAAGCUUGGAAGACUAACGUCGAGGGCGAUCUUCUCGACUUUCUCUUUGGAUCGGUACGGCCGGGCCGCCGCCAAUUGAUUGCGCAGGAGCUCAUCGCGCCGAUCGUGCAAUUGGCGGACGAUCUCUCGCCCGAUAUCUUUUCACAAAGUGACGACAGCCCCGCACCGUACGUUCUCGAGCGGUCGUUGGAUCCGUAUCUUCAGUGGACUGCGUGCUUGGAGGAGCCCAGGGACAUAGAUACGCUACCAUCACGGCAGGAGUAUCUAAAGCCUUACGACAUCAUCCCUCACGCCUUCUAUCCGAAGGCGGAAGAAGUGGUGAUCGACGACGGCGAAGAAGACGACGACGAAGAAACGGCGGAAGAAGGAAGCUAUAGCGAGUAUAGCGAGGGCGAGCUGAGUGAAGAAGAAGAAGAGGAGGAAGAAGAAACCGGAUCUGAGUGGGAAGCCUUGGCGGAGGAAGAGGCGCGUACUGGCACGGAGGCGGAAGAUCCUGAGGCUGCGCGUAAGCAAGAAGAGAUUGCCGCCAGGAAACGCCAUCUAGAAUUCGCCAGCGGAGCAAGUCAGCGCAUCGGUGACGAUCCGACCAGGGAUCCGGAGCCGCCGAAGCCCGAAGAUUGCGACCCCGCAGCCGCUACCCUAAGCACCUCAUGACGGAGACGGAGCAGAUCCCCCUCCUCCUCCUGCCCCACCCGUCCCCCAGUUCGCCCACUUACCGAUGCGGGCCACAGG